GCGGGGCCGCCCCUGCGCCGACAGCGGGUCUACCUGACCGCGGCCUUACCCGGUCCCGGUCCCUCUGCCUGCGGCUGUGUCUGUGUCUGUGUCUGUGCCUGUCCCGGUGCCGUCCGGAGCCGCCGCGGGGCGCGGCCGCUCCCCAGCCCCGCCAGACGCCGCCACAGCAGCAUGGCGGGCGGGCGCGCGCAUGGGCGGGGCCGCGCACGGGGCCGCCCUUUCCGCUCCGUCAGGAGCGCGCCGGAAGCGGGGCCGGGCGGAGCGCGGAGCGGCCCAGCGAGAUGCCUGUGACCGUGGGCCCGUACGGGCAGUCGCAGCCCAGCUGCUUCGACAGAAUAAAGAUGGGUUUCAUGAUGGGCUUUGCCGUGGGCAUGGCUGCAGGGGCGCUGUUCGGCACGUUCUCCUGCCUCAGGAUUGGCAUGAGAGGACGAGAGCUGAUGGGUGGAGUUGGCAAAACGAUGAUGCAAAGCGGUGGGACGUUUGGGACAUUCAUGGCCAUUGGUAUGGGGAUACGCUGCUAGCCUCGACUUUGGGAUGUAUCCCAGAGUGCCCCUGCCCAGCCAUUCCUCCUCUGUACCAUAAUAAAAUCUUUAGAUACCUGGAA